AUGGCUUCAUGUACUUUCGAGAGUUGCUUGUCAACUGUGCUAGAAAAUCUUGAACAUCGCAGCUAUUUCUUUCAAUUAAAAGAUGAACAAAAGCGAGCUUUAAGAAGUUUAUUUGAACGUCAGGAUGUUGUUGGCAUUCUUCCAACUGGUUUUGGAAAAAGUCUCAUCUUUCAGCUUUUGGCUCUGUUGGCGACGGAGAUGUUUAUGAGGCAAGGCGAAGAAAAACGUGACGGAACAAUGCUAGUUAUUUGUCCACUGCAAAGUUUAAUAGAAGAUCAGAUACGAGAAGCAGCAGACCUCCUAGGCAUUUCAGCUUUGAAGACGUAAAUGAUGGUAAAUUUCAAGUAAUUUAUUCAUCCCCAGAAUGUGCACUUGAACAAGGAUUUAUAGAUGCAUGUCUAAAGAAUGAAAAUGGACAUUUCCACAACAACAUGGCUGCAGUAGUUAUUGAUGAAUGCCACACAAUUGAAACCUGGACAGGAAAAAGGUAUUGACAAUAUUUAUCUUAUAGUAAAUGCUUUAUACCAAAUACUAAUACUGCAUACUUUCAAUCUUUAUGACCAUUCGCGUUAUAUUGUUUAUUACAAAAUUUUAAAAUAACACAUAACUAUUUUCAUAAUUUGUCGAUUAUUACAUUGCUGGAGUUUACUUUUAUUUCAUUGUGCAUUUUCUUAGGAAAUCAGGAGCAAAGGGAGAAAAGACCAGACAAGCCUUCCGAGGGCGAUUUGGAGAUUUGGUAAUGCUAAGAUCACUUCGCAAAGAAGGUAUAUAUUUGUCUCAUUUACUAAUUUUACAUGUAAUGGCAUGUUAUUGUCUCGUUUUAUACUAACUUUACAUGUAAUGGCAUUAAUACUGUGAGCAUAUAUUUCUCACUAAAACAGGUGUUCUUUGAUUCCCCUUCGUAAAAUAGCUAGAUUAUCUGUUUGGGAAAAAGUUACAAUUGUUUCCUCAACAGAUAACCUUCACAAAUGAGUUAACCAAUUGUUAAUAAGCAAUGUUAAUACUGCACUUAAUAGUUAACACAAUAUAAAUGAGCCUCUGGGAGUUUUGUCUUAUUGCUUUAGAUCCCUUUUUUAUACCUAUUGUAUUUACAAACUCUUUAACAUCUUUGUCAUAGUGGGGGUAAAUAAUAACCAUGUGAGCAGAACUCAUUGAACAGUCUGGUAAGUUCCACCACUGUGCCAUGGCUUAGUCUCUGCUUUAAAUUUAAUUAUUUCUUAAGGAACUCCUUUCUUGGCUCUUACUGGCCACGGCUGA